UUUUACUAUCUGUCUCAAUAUAUAAUAAUUUUACUUGGUUUCGAUAGUUGCAAAACUAGUUUGUUCUAAUACUAAUAAGCAAGCAGCAGACACAAAAAAAUGUGCUUGGUAUAUGUUAACUUAUUCUUACUGACUAAAAAGUAUCCAAAAUCGCUUCGUCGCUGAUGAGAGUCCAAGAUGCAAUUUCGCGGGAUACGCUUCGGAAGCACGCGAUGUCGCGCGACACGAUUUAGUCUCCUCGGUGUCUUCAUCAGUCUUCAGUUUUCAGUCUUCUCUUGACUCUCCGCCCCGACGAUUGCCCGACAGCCCGGCUACAGGAAGGACAAGGAAGGACGACGGCAGCGAGUGCAGUGAUGCCAGAACGAGGUCUCGUCCCGGCACGUCCCAAGUUCUUGGUCCUCGUCCUGAUCCCGGCUCACCGGCUCGGCAGUGGAAAGUGGAAGGUGGAAGGUGGAAGGUGGAAGGUGGAAGGUGGAAGGUGGAAGGUGGAAGGAAGUGACAACGCAUACAAGUGUGAGUCGCGUACGUGUGAUGCGCAAAACGAUCUGUGCAUGAUUAAGUCGCGUGUCUCAGCGAUUUUACCUCUUGUUGACACUUUAUAAAACUGUGUUUUCCCUUCCUUAUUAAAGUGUCCUUCCAUCUUUUUGCUAUACAGUCUUUCGCAUAUUUCGUUUUUUCAAACUGUUAUUUCUCGUCGUGCGACGAUUUCUAGAAGCGCAAUGACAAUUGACGAUCCGUCAGAUCAGUCAUCGGAAUCGGGAAAAUCUUCCGAUGACGUCAAAAUCGACGUCGAGGUCGAUGCACGUAAAACUAGUAUAUUCACGCUCUAUGCAAAGAUAUUUCGGCUCCUUCUUACGACGCAGAUAUCGAAUUUCGGUCUUCUCAGCAACGAGCUGCGCGACAGGGAACUCGAAAAGUUGAUAUUGCCAAGCAAUGAAGAGUGGCGUCACCGAGUUUAUCACAGUCUCGUCGAGUUACAAAGAGAAAAGGACGCUGAAACCGAGGAUAAAAGGACGCAGGAUUCUAAACGGCAUAUGAACCGGAAGAAUUUGCAGGAUUGGGAAUGGUGUCCCAGGGAGAAAGGACAUGUCCCUAAGGGAAGGAAAGAAAAAAGUCAGGAUAUUGUUGCUUCUUUGAAAGCCAUCUCGGGUAUCGGUGGUUCUAUGACGGAGGUUUGCGUGGAGCCGGGUUGGCGUGUCAACGACAUCGUACUGGCUGCCAAGGUUCUCCAGAAUGCGCGACCCUCUCCGAGUUAUGCCAAUGAAGCUGAGAUGAGACGGGUCUUCGGUUUAGUAUACGACGUUCUGAGAUACAAGAAUAUUUUAAACCGUGCUCUCGAACACGGUGGAUUUUGGCACGAAAAUUCUGCUCUGAAACAACGAGAGAAGGUGGUCUGGUUAUUAUUGUACGAUAUGCAGGGAAGAAAAUUUGCACGCCGGCGCGAUGGAAACGCACUUGAGAUUCGAAACAGGAUAUUUAAGACUUUCGGACUAAAAGAUAUCGAGGACGCUCUUUUGACGGCAAAGACCCAUCUGGCGGCAAGCAUUUCACGUCUCCGUAUCGGCGGUUCGGCCCUCAGUCUUGACGAACUCCUUCCGACGCACUUGCGUACCGCCGAAGGGGUAAACUGGUCCGACGAAGGCGCGAUUGCUUCCGGAUGGAUCAACACCAUGAGAGUAGCCGAUAAGGAUGAAUUUAUCAAAGACAUGUCGCGGCUAAAACUCCAACUCUGCGACGAUAUUAGAGCCGCAGAGCUCAACGAGAGCGACUACGUCUUCGAUCCGAUUUGCCCGAAAAUGAUUAAUUUGCACGACAAGGCCCGAGAGAGACUCGCCGUGUCCGAUCUGGUUCGCAGCCAUCGGUUCAUCUUUCUGGACAGAUCGUUGUGUCUCGGAGCGGCCACACUGGCGCAAGCGAUACGCGUCGCGCGUCUCUGCGGUCCCGUGAUCCUCACACAUUCGAUUGCUCCCCGUCAUACGGGCUAUUUGGCGGGACUCCUGGCCGACAUCGAGGACGCCGGGAGACUGUUAGUCUUUGGCGCUGGGGACCGUCGCUGCGACUACGAGGCUUACCUCGGGACCCUGGGUGUUACUCUGCAACAAUGUAGAGUUUUCUCCGAAAAAUAUAUAUCGCCACCAACAUCCAUCGAAUUGGAAAGAGCGACCGUCGUUCUAGCGACUCCCCCGUGCAGCUACACCGGCAUCCGGGACAUCGUCGAUCUCGCUGUCGCGCGCGGCGGUGACACCGGCCUGUUGGAAUCGUUAACUAAUGAUUUGGCGGGUGAGACAAAGCAGCCCCGCGCUCUACUCGCCGAACAGUUUGCCACCCUCAAGUACGCGCUGACUAGGCCGAACAUACAAUUCCUGAUAUACGAGGUGCAUACAAUUCUGCCGUCCGAAACGACGGAAAUGAUUCAACAGGUUGUCGAAUACGCCAAUCGGAUAGCCACAGAGAAGUACAUUCGCGAACAUCCUUCGAAGAGAAAGAUUGCGUCGAAAGACGACAGCGGAAAAGGUUCGAAGAUAGUCAGACAAGCUAAUAGACAGGAACAAUCGCGAGACCAGUGGGAGGAUCAAUCGCAGAUGCAACACGAACAAACGAUCUCGAUUAAGCAGGAGGAGGAGGAGGAGGAGGAUGAAGCGUCGUUAGCUACAACUGACAUUGUCAUCCCCGAUAGUGAUUUGUUCGAACUGGGAAGUAUCGACGAAAUUUACGGCGAGGCUAGCGAGCGAACGUUAGAUCCGGGCUGUUUCGUCGCCAUAAUCAAACGAAAGGAGAUGAUGCAGUUCGAUUCGCUUUUCAUGAUCAAAGUCGCGGAAUCGAAGGGACUGUUCGGCGAUCCAGACAAGGAACGAAAUCCGAAGCAGAAAGCCGAGGUAAUGCCGGCGGCGGCGUGUCAAGUAUCACGAAUGAAUCGCCGAGGUCUCAAGCGUGCCAAGAAAUACGAUCUGUAUCGACUCGAUAAAGGACCGUCCGAAAAAUCGACCUUAAACGUGAACGAUGCCACGUACGCUCUCAAGAAAAUGAAUUACAUACGUCGGAUGGAGAACAAAGCCGCGGAGUUGUACAGACAGCGGCUCAUCAACGGUUUCUUACAUUUAUAUGUCGGUCAGGAAGCUAUAGCAGUGGGUCUCAGAAUGGCCUUGGCCGAGAAAGAUACUGUCAUUACGGCAUACAGGUGUCACGGCUUUGCCGUUGUGUUUGACAUCUCGGCGCGCGCGGUACUCGCCGAACUCAUGGGUCGCAAAACGGGCGCGGCCAAGGGCAAGGGCGGUUCGAUGCACAUGUACGCGCCGCGAUUCUAUGGCGGCGACGGUAUCGUCGGCGGACAGGUACCGAUCGGCACCGGUAUGGCCCUGGCUCAUAAGUACAACGGUACAGGUGCCGUGGCCUUCACAUUGUACGGCGAUGGUGCGGCGUCGCAAGGUCAACUCUUCGAGGCUUGGAACAUGGCGAAGCUCUGGAACCUACCCGCGAUCUACAUCUGCGAGAAUAACCGAUACGGAAUGGGUACGGCCGUGCAUCGGUCCUGCGCCAACACACAGCUAUAUACGCGCGGAGACAUCAUACCAGGAAUAAGGGCUGAUGGGAUGAAGAUCGUGGAUGUACGAGAAGCCGUACGUUUCGCCAGAGAUUACGCGCUCAGAAACGGACCAAUCGUGAUAGAGAUGAUGACUUAUCGUUACUUUGGGCACAGUAUGAGCGAUCCCGGAUACUCGUAUCGUACCAGAGAAGAAAUUAAGACUGUACAAAGCGAGCAAGAUCCGAUCAUGUUGUUUAACAAACUAGUUGUAGGAAAGGGACUUAUGACCGAGAAAGACAUCGAGGAUAUACGAAAUGAAAUGUACAAGAAGGUCGAUAAGGAACUGGAGCAAGCUAAGGCCGAUCCGUGGCUGGAAUUGUCGGAAAUCUCGACCGAUAUUUACGUCAAACCGUUGGAGAAGAUUCGCGGUAAAGUUCCUUGGGAAAUGCACUAGGAAUAUUAAUCGUGUAUAUAAUUUCUCAUCGGUGAAAAUUAUUUGUUA